CUCCAGUGAUGACCGGCAGUGGGACAAGUGGCAGUGUUGCCGUGAAGUUGCAUCCACUCGUUAUAAUGAAUAUAUCAGACCACUGGACAAGACUGAGAGCACAAAAUGGAAAGCCUCUACCAGUAUUUGGAGCACUGAUUGGCAAACAAGUGGGUCGAACUAUUGAGCUUCUCAACUCCUUUGAACUUCUAUAUCUUGAAAUUAAUGAUGAGAUCUUAAUCGACACUGAUUAUUAUUACGCAAAGGAGGAACAGUUCAAGCAGGUUUUUAAAGACCUGGAUUUCCAUGGUUGGUACACAACAGGGGGGAGCCCGACAGAGCUUGAUAUGAAAAUUCAUAAACAGAUUUGUGACAUCAUAGAAAGUCCAAUCUUUCUCAAACUCAACCCACAAGCUGCAUCAACAGAUCUUCCGUUAAAUGUCUAUGAAUCUGUGAUUGACGUUACCGACGGCAACGCUGUAUCUCGGUUAGUCACCCUUAACUACACUCUCGCAACAGAGGAAGCCGAGCGAAUCGGAGUCGAUCACGUCGCACGAGUUUCAAACGUUGAUUCUAAUUCCGUUUCAUACGCUUCUGAGCAUCUUUCCAGCCAACACAGCUCUAUAUCGAUGCUCUACACACGAGUAAGGCUGCUUAGAGACUACACCGAGGCUGUCCGUAAAGGGGAACUCCCUCGAGACAACGAAAUUUUGCGAUUAUUAAACGCACUUUGUAAGCGACUACCUGUGCUUGGUGCAGAAUCCUUAACAAGUGACCUUCAUAAUCAAUACAAUGAUGUUACUCUGAUGACAUAUUUAGGUGUUAUGAGCAAAGGAAGCCAAACAAUGAAUCAGUUUAUUUCAAAAUUUAACAUUCUUCUUGACAGACAAAAUGCAGGGCGUCGUCUAAGGGGACUUUUUAUUUAAAAAGAUGUUUUUCUUGUUAUUUUUUUUAAUCUGUAUGAAGUCGCCCUGGUUCCCACAAAAAGACGAAAGUUUCAAUAAAAAAAUAUUUUAAAGGGGGGUCGCGAACCCUGCAACUUUCCCUAGUGGCUGCGCGACUGUCUAUUAAUCUCAUGACCAUUAUUCUGCAGUUUGAAAUGUUUCAUUUGAAAAUGAUGUUGUGGUAAUUCAGAAACUGGAUGAAGAGUUACUGUUUUGGGGGGGGGGAUAAUUUUUUGUCCUAAAAUAGCUGCUUGUUGUAAACAGUUCUCCGGGUGUUGAAAGCAGAUUUGGUCAAUAUUUCAGUGUUGCGUUUUGUAAAAGAGAGAACUGAAUAUAUAGAAUUGUUGUGACAACAAUACGUUUGAACACACAGAACAAAC